UGCUAAAUCUGUUCUGAAGCCAGAGGUGGACAACCAGUACAAGAGAAGUGUUGCGUCUUUAAGUGGACGUCCGCUCUUGCGGUAUGGCCCAGAUAUCCAAUAGCAAUGUAUUUAAACAGCGCUCAUCACCUUCUUUGGCAGCCACGAGGUCAAAAGAUGUGGACAAAGAGGAGGCAUUGCAGAUGGAAGCUGAGGCAUUAGCUAAGAUGCAGAAAGAAAGAGGUGUAGCUGGUAAUAAACAAACUUUUCAUUCUUUAAGCAGCACCAGACAAAAUGUACAGACUCAUAACAAACAGGACCAUGAUCUUAUGGUGUUUCCAGAGUCUGAUGCGAAGAGCAUGGAAGAUAAACUCAGUACCAUUGACAUAGAGAAGCUUACUCAUGCUGAACUAGAGAAACUCCUUCUGGAUGACAGUUUUGAAUCUAGUAAAGUACCUACGUUACCAGUAAGUCCUAUUUUGAGCCCAUCUGUGUCUUCGCAAUUUUAUCUUGGGCCUAUGGGUCAGAGAAGACCGUGGACGCCUGGGAUACCAGCACCUGUUACAUGCACUUUACCUCCUAUUUACCCCUCAGCUUCUUACACAAAACAGACUGGUGUAUUUCAGAAUGGAUUCCACCCAACUAUGUCCUCCUAUCACUCUAGAGAACCUAUUUAUCUUGGUCUUCCAAGACAGUCGCAAUACAUUUCAUACCCAUUGGCAGCUACUACGCCUUUCCAUCCACAAGGAAGCCUACCUAUAUAUCCGCCAGUACUUACACCAGAAAUGGCAAAAGUGUUUGACAAAAUUGCAAGCACCUCAGAAUUUCUGAAAAAUGGAAAGUCAAGCACAGACUUAGAAAUGACUGCUAUAAAGUCUGCAGUUUCUAGCCUACCAGCCUCAGAAAGCUGCAGGGAUGUUAGUAAAUUUGAUUGGUUGGAUUUGGAUCCCCUAAGUAAACCAAAAGUGGAUAGUGUGGAGACUUUGAAUAAGGCAGAGAAUGAUGGAGAGAGGGCUUCAAGUAUGACUGCUGAAGAUCCAUGGGAUGCUGUGCUGUUAGAAGAAAAGUUGUUAGUAACUUGUCAUCUGGAAAGAAAAGUUAAUGGGAAAUCUGGAGCAACAGUUACAAGGAGCCAGUCCUUAAACAUGCGAACAACUCAGCUUGCAAAGUUACAGGGCCAAACAUCACAGAAAGACAAUGGGACCACUGGCAUGCUGACAGAAAACAUGCUUCUCCAAGAAGUUGAAGGGCAGAAUCAAGAGCUGUCAGCUUUUUCUCAAGCAGUUACGAAAUUGAGGACCAAGUUUCCUUAUACCAGUCAGCAAACAAAUCCAGGCUUUGCGCUGAGUCCAGUUAUGCUGCAAAGAAAUAUAAGUGGGGAGAGCCCCAGUAUCAAGGUUUCUAUAGAAAUUGAAGAGUUCCAGCAACCAGUAACUUUCACGUGUGAUGUGAGUUCCCCUGUUGAGCUUAUAAUAAUGCAGGCACUUUGCUGGGUGCAUGAUGACUUGAAUGAAGUGGACAUUGGCAGCUAUAUCCUGAAAGUCUGUGGCCAAGAAGAAGUUUUACAGAAUAAGCACUGUGUAGGAAGUCAUGAAUAUAUUCAGAACUGUAGGAAGUGGGAUACAGAAAUCAAACUGCAGCUCUUGACCCAUAGUGUAAUAUGCAGAGAUCUGGCACGAACAGAAGAUGAUGACAGAACACCAAUAAAUCUAACCAAACACCUCUACAAAGUAGAAAAGCCUUUCAGAGAACCUACUAUAAGGUCUUCUAUUGAAGAGCUUCUUGAUACGUAUCACAAGCAAGUUAAUAUAGCUCUUAAAAAUGAGAACCAGCAUAAAGCAGUAGAGCAAGUAAUUAAGAUUGUCAGAAAAAUCUGUUCUACGUUGGAUUGUGUAGAGACUCCUGCAAUAACGGAAUCAGUAAAGAAGCUAAGGAGGGCUGUUAAUCUUCCGAGGACUAAAAAUGCUGAGGUAUCCUUAAAAUGUGGUGAUGACACUAGCAAGAGCUUAUCUGGUUCACUGCAGCCUGAAAACCCUUUGACAGUGAGUGUAGACCAGCUAACAAGAGCCGUUGAGGCCCUUCUGCAACUCCACGUGAAUUCUUGUAGCAGUUCUGCAGCAAUUUCUUCAAAAGAUAGUAAGAGUACUAAGGAAGCAUGUACUGCCACAGAACAUCUCCAGUUCACAAUAUUUGCUGCACAUGGGAUUUCUCCUGGUUGGGUAUCAAAUUAUGAAAAAUACUACUUGAUUUGUUCUCUGACCCAUAAUGGAAAAGAUCUGUUUAAACCUGUUCAGUCCAAGAAGGUUGGCACAUACAAGAACUUCUUCUACUUGAUUAAAUGGGAUGAACUAAUAAUUUUCCCUGUCCAGAUUUCACAGCUGCCUUUGGAAUCAGUCUUAUGUCUGACUUUGUUUGGAAUCUUAAAUCAAAGUAGUGGGAGUUCUCCCGACUCAAACAAGCAGAGAAAGGGCCCAGAAAUUUUGGGUCAGGUUUCUCUACCUCUUUUUGAUUUUAGGCGAUUGUUAGCUUCUGGGACAAAGCUCUUGCAACUCUGGACCUCAUCACAUCUUCACCAUGCAUCAGGGAUGGCCAGUAAGAAAGGAAAUAUGGAAAGAAUAGUAUUGCAGAUUGACUUUCCAUCCCAUGCUUUUGAUAUUGAAUAUAAAAUUCCUCAAGCUGCAAAGACUACCGUGCACCAUUCCAUAGAAACAUUAGAAAAACCAUUGAGAGAACGUCUCCUUGCCAUUCUCUCAAAGGAUAACACUGUUGGGCUAUCAAAAGAAGAUAAGGAAUUUUUGUGGGAGAAGCGACAUUAUUGUCAUAGUCAUACUAGUAGCCUACCAAAAAUACUGGUUAGUGCACCUCAUUGGGACUGGGCAAGUCUUCCAGAAAUAUAUUCAUUACUUCAGCAGUGGCCUCCUCUAUCACCCUUAGCUGCACUGGAACUACUUGAUUCAAAGUUUGCUGAUCAGGAAGUACGAAAUACAGCUGUGAGUUGGAUAGAGACAUUAAGUGAUGAUGAGUUAACAGACUUCCUCCCUCAGUUUGUGCAGGCAUUGAAGUAUGAAACCUACCUUGACAGUGCUCUUGUCAAAUUUCUUUUGGCUCGAGCACUGGGAAGCAUUCGAAUAGCGCACUACCUGUAUUGGCUUCUUAAGGAUACACUGUAUGAUACAAAGUUUGGUGUAAGGUAUGAGCAAAUUCUUGGAGCUUUUCUUUCAGUCUGUGGAAAAAGGCUGAGGGAAGAGCUGGAGAAGCAGACCAGACUAGUGCAGCUUUUUGGAAUGGUAGCAGAAAGAGUAAAGCAAACAAGUGGAUCUGCUCGGCAGGUUGCCUUGCAAAAUGGUAUGGAACGUGUGCAGUUAUUUUUCUUGAAGAACAAAUGCCGUUUGCCUCUCAAUCCCAGUCUUGUGGCAAAAGAGCUAAACAUUAAGGCAUGUUCUUUCUUCAGUUCCAAUGCAGUACCACUGAAAGUUGCACUGAUAAAUGCAGACCCUCUGGGAGAAGAAAUUAAUGUGAUGUUUAAGGUUGGAGAAGAUCUGAGGCAAGAUAUGUUGGCUUUACAGAUGAUUAAGAUUAUGGAUAAGAUCUGGCUGCAGGAGGGACUGGACCUACGGAUGGUGAUCUUCAAGUGUCUCUCAACUGGAAAGGACCGAGGCAUGGUGGAGCUUGUUCCUGCUUCAGAUACGCUUAGGAAAAUUCAAGUAGAAUAUGGAGUGACAGGUUCUUUGAAAAAUAAGCCUCUGGCAGAAUGGUUGCGAAAGUAUAAUCCUACAGAGGAGGAGUAUGAAAAGGCUUCAGAAAACUUCAUCUACUCUUGUGCAGGAUGCUGCGUAGCUACUUAUGUAUUGGGAAUUUGUGACCGCCACAAUGAUAACAUAAUGCUCCGAAACACAGGGCAUAUGUUUCACAUUGAUUUUGGAAAAUUUUUGGGUCACGCACAAAUGUUUGGUAGCUUUAAAAGGGAUCGAGCUCCUUUUGUGCUAACAUCGGACAUGGCUUAUGUCAUUAAUGGUGGUGAAAAACCCACUAUUCGCUUUCAGUUGUUUGUGGAUCUCUGUUGUCAAGCUUACAAUUUGAUAAGAAAACAUGCAAGCCUCUUCCUUAACUUACUUUCAUUGAUGCUUUCUUCUGGGUUACCAGAACUAAGUGGGGUUCAGGACUUGAAGUAUGUCCAGGAUGCUCUCCAGCCCCAAACAACAGAUGCAGAAGCUACCAUUUUCUUUACAAGGUUGAUUGAAUCCAGUCUGGGAAGUGUUGCCACAAAGUUUAAUUUCUUCAUUCACAAUUUGGCUCAGCUGCGUUUCUCAGGUCUACCGUCUAAUGAUGAACCUAUCCUCUCAUUUUCUGCUAAAACUUAUUCUCUUAAACAAGAUGGCCGAAUCAAACAAGUGUCUGUGUUUACAUAUCAGAAGAGAUAUAACCCAGAUAAACAUUAUAUCUAUGUAGUGAGAGUUUUGAGAGAAGGGCAAGUUGAGCCAACAUUUGUUUUCCGAACAUUUGAUGAGUUCCAGGAGCUCCACAACAAACUUGGCAUUCUCUUUCCUCUAUGGAAGUUACCAGGCUUUCCUAAUAAGAUGGUUCUGGGAAGAACACAUAUAAAAGAUGUAGCAGCUAAAAGAAAAGUGGAGCUCAACAGCUACAUACAGAGUCUGAUGAACAGCUCUUCAGAGGUGGCAGAAUGUGAUCUUGUUUAUACUUUUUUCCAUCCAUUACUUCGUGAUGACAAAGUGGAAGGAAUAGACGGAAUAGCCAGACCUACAGAUGCAAGUCCAUCAAGUCCUACCUCAGGCAAAGUGGGAGGAGAAGUGAAGCUAUCCAUAUCAUAUAGAAAUAGCACUCUAUUUAUCAUGGUGAUGCACAUUAAAGACCUGGUUACAGAGGAUGGUGCAGAUCCAAAUCCCUAUGUAAAAACAUACUUACUUCCAGAUAUGCACAAAACAUCCAAACGCAAAACCAAAAUCUCCCGGAAGACAAGAAAUCCAACUUUCAAUGAAAUGCUUGUGUACAGUGGAUAUAGCAUGGAGACUCUGAAACAGAGAGAACUUCAGCUAAGUGUGCUCAGUGCAGAAUCGUUACGUGAGAACUUUUUCUUGGGUGGAAUUACACUCUCACUAAAGGACUUCAACUUGAGCAAGGAGACUGUUAACUGGUAUCGACUAACUGCUGUACCCUAUCUGUGA